AUGGCCCUCUUCAACUUUCUUCUGUUGGUUACAAUCGCAAGCUUUGUAGUUCUUGUUCAAGCUCAAGACCAAUCAGGAUUUGUCAGUAUCGACUGCGGACUACCGGAUGGUUCAAGAUACAAUGAUGAAAGUACAGACAUAAAGUACAUUUCAGAUGCUGAAUUUGUUGAAUCCGGGACAAGCCAUAGCAUAAAUACUGAGUUUCAAACAAAUUUUCUUGAGAAGCAGUUCCAAAACGUUAGGAGCUUCCCUGAAGGCAAGAGAAAUUGUUACGAUAUGCAGCCUCCGCGUGGAAAAGGCUUCAAGUAUUUGAUCAGAACCCGUUUCAUGUAUGGUAACUAUGAUAAUCUAGGAAAAGCACCCGAGUUCGAUCUUUAUCUUGGAGUCAAUCUCUGGGAUUCUGUUACUAUAGAUAAUGUAACUUCGAUAGUAACCAAAGAGAUCAUCCACACUCUUGGUUCAGACCAUGUUCAUGUGUGUCUUGUGAAUAAAGGCAGAGGAACUCCAUUUAUGUCUGUCUUAGAGCUCAGGCUUCUAAAGAAUGACAUGUACAAAGAUGAUGCUUAUGACCGCUUAUGGACACCGCGGCGACUUGAGAAUUUUACUAUCUUGAACACGUCGCUCGCAAUAGAUCAGACUAGCAACAAUAUUUUUCAACCACCUCUUAUUGUGAUGAGAACGGCGAAUGCACCAAAAAGAGCCAUCCAGUAUAUCAAUAUGCUGAUUGAACCAAAAGAUCCUAAGGCGAAGUUUUAUAUAUUCAUGCACUUUGCUGAAAUUGUUGAGCUGCAGAGAAAUGAGACCAGAGAGUUCAAUGUAACGGUGAAUGGUGAGCCAACAGGACCCACUGCAUUUAGUCCUCGCUUCUUGUUUACUGAUACAAUUUUCACCAAGAACCCCGCGAGCGGAUCAAGAAUCGAGAUUUCUAUUAGGCCAACUAAUAGAUCGACCCUUCAACCGAUCAUCAAUGCCAUUGAGGCCUAUCAAGUCAAUGAGUCUCUUCAAUCACCUACACAUCAAUUAGAUGUGGAUGCCAUUAGGAAGAUUAAGGCCAUGUACAGAGUGAAGAAGAACUGGCAAGGAGAUCCAUGUAUUCCAUUAGAUUAUUCUUGGGAAGGUCUUAAUUGUGAGAAUCCUCCGAGAAUCGUUUCAUUGAACUUAUCUUUCAGCGGGUUGUCUGGUCUGAUUGAUCCAGCCUUCUGCAACCUUACAUCAAUUCAGAAAUUGGAUUUAUCAAACAACAAUUUAAAAGGAAAUGUACUCGAUUGCUUCGCCUAUUUACCGAGUUUAACAGAGUUAAACUUGGAAGGAAACCAGUUAACGGGCUUGGUUCCACCGAAGCUACUGGAGAGAUCAAGUAACGGAUCACUUAAGUUAAGGUUUGCACUAAGAUGA